CCUCUCUGCGCACGGAAUAGCCAGUUAGUUAUAGACAAUAGACAUCAUUUUAGUUAAAGGUGUUAAAUAUGUCAGUAAACAAAAUGAGCGACUUACAAACUUCAAUGUGUGAAAAUUAUUUAAAGCCAGUUAUACAAUUUAAUGAAUCUGAACCAAUACAUUUUACAAAUAGCUUUCACGCUGUUAAGCUACUUGAAGACUUACAAUUCUUACAAAAUAAUAAAGAGUUAUGCGAUAUUAGAUUGAAAACAGAUAGUGGUACAAUAAUAGUUGGACAUAAAAAUGUUCUAGUAGUAGCUAGUAAAUAUUUUCGUGAUAUGUUUAGUAGUAUUAAUAAGAACAUCAACAUUGUUGUUAUAAAGAAUUUAGAUUCCACCGCCUUACAAAUAUUAAUACAUUAUAUCUAUACUGGAAAAAUAAAAGUCACCAAUGAAAAUGUGAAGGUUUUGUUACCAGCUGCAAAUCUUCUAUGUUUAGAUUAUGUAAGUAGUGCAUGUGUUGAGUAUUUACAAACACAUAUAAAUACUUCAAAUUGUCUUAGUAUCAAAGCAUUUGCUGACUUACAUAAAUGUACGGAAUUGAGGUCAAGUUCUGAGGUGUUUAUUAAGAAAAAAUUUUUAGAAAUAGUGAAAUACGAUGAGUUUAUAUCUUUAACUUGUGAAAAAGUGAUUGAACUGAUAUCCUGUAAUGAUAUUGCUGUUCCAUCUGAAUUAACAAUAUUUGAAUGUGUUAUAAAAUGGAUAAAACAUGAUUUGAAUUCUAGAGAAAAAUUUUUGUCACAAUUAAUGGAACAUGUACGUUUGCCAUUAUUAGCACAAACGCCUAGUAUAUUAAAACAUAUAACUGAAGAACCUCUACUUAAAAAUUGUCCUAAAUAUAAUGACAUUAUAUCAGAAGCAUUACAUUUUCUUCUACUUAAGUCAUUUCAGCAUUUCACUAUUCCACAAACGAUUCGCUGUAAACCUAGACAGUUUGGUAGUUUAAAAAAAAUAAUUUUACUGUUUGAAUUUUCUAAUGAAUUGAUUAAGUGUAGAACAGAAUGGUAUGACCCGGAAACUAAUCUACGUAAGAAUGCAGCAGAAAUAAAUAAUUGUCAUUAUAAAUUUGGUAUAAGUGUGAUUAGAGAUCAAUUUAUUUUCGCUAUGGGAGGUAUAAUAAAAAGUUUAAUUUCUCAAUCUGUUAGUAUGCUUGAUGUAUCUUCAUUAUCACCUUGCUGGGUGCCGAUGGCAGAUAUGUUAGUUCAUCGAACAAACCUUGGAGUUGGUGUAUUAGAUGAUUGUAUAUAUGCUAUUGGUGGCUAUAAUUAUGAUGAUAAUUUUCUUAGUAGUGUAGAAAUUUUUGACAUCAGUAUUCAAAAAUGGAGAAUGGUAGCUAGUAUGAUUACUAAAAGAGCAAAUUUGGGUGUUGGUGUACUCAAUGGUCUUUUAUAUGCGGUAGGAGGUUAUGAUGGUUUUAAUUAUUUAAAGUCUGUUGAAUGUUAUUAUCCCACACUUGACAUAUGGACACCAGUUGCAGAUAUGUCUGUACGUCGUAACGGUGUUAGUAUAGGAGUCUUGAAUGGUGUUAUGUACGCUAUAGGUGGUUAUGAUGGUGGUAUUGACAAUGGUAAUGAUGGUGGUAUUGACGAUGGUAAUAAUGAUAGAAGUGAUAGUUGUAGUGAUAGCAAUGAUGGUAAUAGUUGUCUUACAAGUGUAGAAGUUUAUAAACCAAGUGAUAGAGUUUGGUCUUCUAUUGCUGAUAUGAAUUUAAGCCGAUACAAACCUGGAGUAGUCGCAUUAGAUGGCUUAUUGUAUGUUUUGGGUGGAGAUGAAGAAUCAAAUUAUUUAACGAUGGAAGUGUACGACCCUAAUACCAAUACUUGGUCCAUGAAAAAUUUGUCUAAAAAUGGCAAAGACUUUCAAAUAUUUAGUGGAGUAGCCGUUAAUAGACCGCCGAAUUUUACAAAUAAU